AAAAGUAAAUUUUACUCGACCAAAUUCAAUCCACCGAAGAAAGAGUCAAGAGAUAAAAAGCUUUCGGAUGGUAUAAAACGAUAUCUGGCCAAAAAAGAGGAAGAACAGCGCGUAGAGAAAGAACGAAAGAGACAAAAAUAUGAACGAUUUAUGGCAUUACGUUCGGAUGCUGAUAAAAAGGAAAAUGUUGAUCAGUUGAACCAAAAACGGACUUCAAACGAUGAUGGCAAAAAACGGCGACCGCGUAAAAAUCUCUACGAUCCAAAAGCUGAACGUGAAGCUGCAGAACGUAAAAUGAAAAUGAGUCACCGGCCACCACCACCCGCCAUGGAUUACAAUGCUCUCUUGAAAUUGGCCGAAGUUAAACAACAUGAAACCGUUCAGAUCGUGGCACCGAAACGCAAAAAGUCCGACAGACCCAUGACAGAGAUAGAAAAACAAGAGAUGGAAGAAAGAAUGCAAAAGCGAAAUGGUUUGGUCACUAAAUCACUGGCAACUGAUGAGGGGCAUAUCACUGAUGAACAACCCAAUAGCAAAAAACCCAAAUUGAAUGCUGCAACUUUGCCAAAACAAACAUCAUCAACAACCAAUGGCAAAAAAUCAAGUGGUUCGGCAAGUAAAGCGUUGCUAUCAGCACCGAUUAAUAAAAUGCCAAAAAGAACGAAUACAGUUGUCAUGAACCAAUUCAAAAUUUCAUCAAUUCCAAUGGCCAAACCAAAUGGAAAACGACCAAAUGAUAACGAUAAAAGAUCGACGAGCAAAUGUCCAUCGAAAAAUGCAUCAAAACUUCGUCGUCUUUUUGGAGACAGUGACAGCGAAUAUGAUUCGGACAUGGGCGAUUUCAUUGACGAUGAUGAAGAGGCCAACGAUUAUUCGAAAGAAAUUCGAAACAUAUUUGGCUAUGAUAAGAGACGUUAUCGAGAUGAAGAUGAUGACAUUAGCAACAUGGAGAGUUCAUAUGCACAACAACAACGCGAAGAAUUUGUUAGCAAAAAGAUUGGAUUGAUGGAAGACUUGGAAGAUAUGCGACAAGAAGCUGAAGAAAAAAAGAGAAGAGCAAUAAAACAUCGUUAA